AUGUUAAAGAUAUCAUCGAACCUUUUUAAAGGUGGUGUAACCACUCGUUUCAAUAAUAUAAUACCAAUCAAUAACUGCAGCAGCUCAUUCAUUGGAAGAUACACCUAUGCAACUGAAACACCAAAGGAAAUAAAAGAAGCAAAAGCAUCUUAUUUUGUAAAGACAAGGGGUAGUUGUAAAUCUGCUGGUAUUGUAGGUUUACCAAAUGUAGGAAAAUCGACAUUAUUUAAUGCAUUAACUAGUUCACAAGCUGCAAUGGCUGCUAAUUUCCCAUUUUGUACAAUUGAUCCAAAUGUAGGAUUAGUAUUUGUCCCAGAUGAAAGAUUAGAUUUAAUUUCAAAAAAGUUGAAUACAAAGAGUAAAGUUGGUACACAGUUGGAGUUUGUAGAUAUUGCAGGUCUGGUAAAGGGUGCUGCCGAUGGUGAAGGUCUAGGAAAUAAAUUCCUUGCAAACAUUCGUCAGGUUUCGCUGAUUGUACAUUUGGUUCGUUGUUUCGAAGACUCUAAUAUUACACAUGUUCACGACGCGAUCGAUCCAGUCAAGGAUUUGGAAACGAUUGAGAUGGAGUUGAUUCUAGCAGAUCUCCAAUCACUCGAGAAAAUCAUAGCGGAGCCAAAGAAGCGUGCGACUCCCGAGCAAACACUGCGUCACGAACUGGCAAUCAGAAUUAGAAAGUCGUUGGAAGGCGGUUUGAUGGCAAGAGAGAUUGUUAUCACCGAUAAGGAGUGGCCGGCAUUCCAAUCGUUGCAUUUGCUGACUGGCAAGCCAAUGUUGUACACUUGCAACGUCGGAGAGAGCGAUGCCGCCACCGGCAAUAAAUACACCGAUAUGGUGAAGCAGUACUCGCAGAAGCAAGGACUGGAGUUGGAUCCAGUGGUUGUCUCUGCGAAAAUAGAAUCAGAGGUGUCGCUACUGGAGAGCGACGAAAUGAAACAGGAAUUCCUCCAACUCUACGGUCUGGAGAGAAACGGAUUAUACAAGGUUAUCAAUGGUGCUCGUCAAUUAAUGGGUCUCCAAUCAUACUACACCGCCUCCGAAAAGGAGUGUCGUGCUUGGACCAUCCCAAUCGGAACCAAAGCCAAACAAGCAGCAGGUGUCAUUCACACUGAUUUCGAAAAAGGUUUUAUCAAAGCAGAUUUAGUCAAAAAUGUGAUGGAUAUGAUUAACCCCAGGGUUAAUGUCACAAGAUCAUGUGGAUUGGACGGUGGACAGUUUACUGUAACUAUCUCCUAUCAAGAUUUCAUUGAUAACAAUUGCGAUGAUAAGUUGGCAAAAGAAAAAGGAAAACAAAGAAGUGAAGGUCCACUCUAUGAAGUGAAAGAUGGUGACGUUUUAUUCUUUAAAUUUAAUUGA